AUGUCGUCUCUAAAGGAUUCCUCUGUGGAUCCCCAAACCCAGCAGCAGCAACAACAACAACCAUACUUUGGUGCAGAAAAUGACAACGAUGGCAAUUACAACACGGCUGUGGAAGUUGGAUGGUAUAUUCUAGGUGAAGAUCAACAACAGGUUGGACCUUAUGUGUUUUCUGAGCUACGUGAGCACUUCUUGAAUGGGUAUCUCUUAGAAAGUACACUUGUAUGGUCUGAAGGAAGAAGUGAAUGGCAACCAUUGUCCUCCAUCCCUGAGUUGAUGUCAGGAAUUUCUCAACCGGGAUCUGAUUAUUCCGCAGCAGCACUCUCUUACAAUGAUAAUGAGGUGAAGUUGCAGGAGGUCAGAGAGGCCCAGUUGGGAUCUGUUGGAUUCAUAAAUGGAUCUCAUUCCAGCAAUGAACAGAAAGCCAAUCAUUCUACUUUAGUGUCUUCCAAUGACGACGACGACGAGUUUGAGAAAUGGCAAAGGGAGGUAAAAGAGGCAGAGGCUGAGGCAGAAAGGUUGAAAAAUGGAUCUCUUUCUGGCAACUCUGGAGCUGAUUUUGGGAUAGAUGAUUCUGAUAGGAUUCUGUCACCACCAGAUGGCGAGGAUGAAUUCACAGAUGAUGAUGGGACUAAAUACAAGUGGGAUAGAAGCCUUAGAGCCUGGGUUCCUCAGGAUGAUCCAUCAAGUGUAAUUGGGCAAUAUGGGUUAGAAGAGAUGACUUUCCAUGAACAAGAGGAGGUGUUUCUGAACGUAAAUGCUGCUGAUGCCUCUUUGAAGGAAGAAGUCAAUGGUACUGGUGGAGUGGUAGAAUCACAGCAAAAUAACAAGAGGAAAUUGCAAGGCGAGCAAGCUGAUAAGGAGGAGGAGAAGCAAGCUGAUAAGGAGGAGAAGCAAGCUGAGAAGAAGGAAGCCAAUAAGGCUCCUGAUAGUUGGUUUGAAUUGAAAGUCAAUACGCAUGUUUAUGUAACUGGGUUACCCGAUGAUGCCACUGCUGAAGAAGUGGUAGAGGUAUUUUCCAAGUGUGGGAUAAUUAAAGAGGAUCCUGAAACAAAAAAGCCUCGUGUGAAGAUCUACGUUGACAGAGAGACAGGAAGAAUAAAGGGAGAUGCACUAGUUACAUAUUUGAAGGAACCCUCAGUUGAUUUGGCUAUGCAAAUUUUGGAUGGGAGACCUUUGCGUCUUGGGGGCACAAUUCCUAUGUCGGUCAGCCGAGCCAAGUUUGAGCAGAAAGGGGACAGAUUUAUAUCCAAACAAGUAGACAGCAAGAAGAAAAAGAAGCUGAAAAGGGUUGAGGACAAGAUACUUGGUUGGGGUGGCCGUGAUGAUGCCAAGGUCUCAAUUCCAGCUACUGUAGUUCUUCGUCAAAUGUUCACUCUUUCUGAAAUGAGGGCUGAUGAAAACUUACGUUCAGAACUUGAGGUAGAUGUUAGAGAGGAAUGUGUGAAGCUUGGUCCAGUUGAUUCCGUCAAGGUCUGUGAAAAUAAUCCACAUGGUGUUGUUUUAGUGAAAUUUAAGGACAGAAAGGAUGCUCAAAAGUGCAUAGAAUUGAUGAAUGGGCGAUGGUUUGGUGGAAGACAGAUAGAUGCUAGUGAGGAUGACGGAUUAAUUAAUCAUGCUUUGAUCCGGGAUCUUGGUGAAGAUGCUGUUCGAUUGGAGCAGUUUGGUGCUGAACUUGAAGCUGAUUGA